AUGGCGUCCAACGUCGCUCAGAAGCGCCUAUUCCACGAAUACAAGAAUCUCUCUACCAACCCACCAGACGGAAUCACCGCCGGCCCCAUCUCCGAAGAUGACAUGUUCUACUGGGAAGCCCUGAUCGAAGGCCCAGGAGACACACCGUUCGAAGGCGGCGUGUUCGCAGCCGAGCUGAAAUUCCCCAAGGACUACCCCCUCAGCCCGCCGACCAUGAAAUUCAUCGGAGGAGGCGUGUGGCAUCCGAAUGUAUAUCCCAACGGAACAGUCUGCAUCUCGAUCCUCCACCCGCCCGGUGACGAUCCCAAUCACUACGAACAUGCGUCGGAGCGCUGGUCGCCUAUCCAGAGCGUGGAGAAGAUUCUCAUCUCUGUCAUGAGUAUGCUUGCCGAGCCGAAUGAUGAGAGUCCCGCGAAUGUCGAGGCUGCUAAGAUGUGGCGUGAGCGGAGACCUGAGUAUGAGCAGAAGGUCCGCGAUGAAGUGAAGAGGGGACUUGGACUUUGA